AUGUCCAAGUUGGGAGCUAUCUUGGUGAUGGGCCUGUGCCUGUUUGUGGCCUUGGCCUUGGCCGAGCCACGCCUACAACGGGGUCAGCAAGGGCGGGGUCAGCAGGUGCAGUUGCAGGGUCAGAGGUCGCAGCACCCCUACAUCUUCCUGACCAUUCCCAAGGGCCGCGCCAAUGCCGGCGCUGUGGUUCAGGGCUUCGAGAUCGUCGAGGAGGAGGACGACCAGGACCAGGAUCUGCAAGAUGACGACCAUGAGCAGGAUCACGAUGACGUUGAGGAGGACGAUGACGAGGAACUGGAGCACCAACUGGGCCUGAACUUUGCCCGCAGCGGCUUGAUCUACCGGAAGAACCAGCCCAUCGAUGACGACCAGGAUGAUGACCAGGAUCAGGUGCCGGUUCAGGUUCAAGCUCAGGUCCAGGGACAGGAUCAGCUGGCCAAGAAGCAGAUGAUGGUGCAGCGGGACCAGGCUGGCGCCAUCAUGGUGCCCGAUGGCAUCAUCGAGAUCGAGGGCCAGAGCGUUCUGGACGAGAAGACCGGCAAGGCGGCCCUCCUGGUGCCCCGUGCCGCCCUGGACGCCAUUCCCGAUGGCGCCGUUGUGGCCCUGAUGGAGCGAUCCGCCUCCGCCGGCGAUGAAAUCGAGGAGGAGCGCGCCAACCGCGUCGUGGUCCGCCGGCGCAAGAACAACGGACGCCGCAACAUCCGUCGGCGGGGCAUCAACACCAACAACGUCCGACGCCGCCGUCGUCCCGCCCAGCGUCGCCGUCGAGCGGGCGGCAACCGCAGGCGCAACGUGCGCGUCGGACGCCCCCAGGGCGGCAACCGGAGGCGUGGCAACCAGAGGCGCCGCGGCCAGGUCGUCCUCCAGGGUUGA